UCUUCCUUUCUAACUUUAUAAUAGCCUGGGGAAAUGCUCUUGGGUUCUGGAAUCUGCAAUUACUGGUGGAGUUUCAAAGUGAGAAAGAACCUUGAAGUACUGCAAUUUGCUCGUCAUUAGAAACAGGAAUAUCAAGUUAUGCAAUUGGAUCGUAUUGUGCCCUAACACAAUAAAUAAGCCAUCGGCAACUGCGAUUUGCACAAACUGCGUUUCCAUCAUGGUGCUUGGUUUCUAUGCAUUGGUGCUUUUCUUCAUAACUGAAAUCUGCAGUGUCGAAGGGCAGGGGUCGAUUAUACUGCAUCGACAAAAGAGAAGAUGGAUUACUGCUACUUAUCGGCUGAUUGAAGAAGAUCCUGGGCCUUAUCCCAAAGCAGCAAUAAAGUUAAACAAUGACAAGUCACAAAACCACUCACUGAUAUUUACCAUUUCGGGUGAUGGAGUUGAACGAAAUCCUGAGAUAAACUUGUUCUCGAUUGACAAACAUACUGGGCAAAUAUAUAUUAAUCACAAGGUUGAUCGAGAGACAACAACAUCAUUGACGUUUCAAGUAAAUGUACAUGACCCGGAUACCUUUGCUCAAUUAGAUGACCAUAUGUUGUAUAAAAUUGAAGUUAUUGAUAUCAAUGACAAUAAUCCGAAAUUCACUCAAGAUGUAUAUGAGGUGGAUAUAUUGGAAAGUACAUUUCCAGGGACAGAAUUCUUCCGAAUUAAGGCAGUUGAUCCUGAUGCUAGAGAGAAUGGAAUAGUCUCAUACUCUAUUGUUUCUCAAAACCCUAGAAAACCUUCAGAUAUGUUUAAGAUUCAUCGAAAUAAUGGAUCCAUUCUUCUUCAACAAUGCUUAAACUAUGAGACCCUCCAGUCUUAUACUUUGGUCAUUAAGGCAAGAGACAAUGGGCAGAAUGUGUUGUCCUCUUCUGCAGAAGUGAGGAUCAAAGUGGUUGAUUCCAAUAACAAUCUUCCUGUUUUCACUCAGGAAAGUGCUGAAAUAACUAUCAAUGAGUCUGAUAAGGAUGUUGUUAUAUUGCGAGUGGGUGUUACUGACCAAGACACUCCCAACACCCCAUCCUGGAGAGCAAAGUAUCAAGUCACAGAAGGGAAUGAACAUAAAAAUUAUAAGAUGGAAACAGACCCAGCAACAAACCAAGGAGUACUGACGCUGAUAAAGCAUUUGGAUUAUGAGGCUGGUCCUGUCAGGAACAUUAAGAUAAGCGUGGAGAAUGAAGAGCCACUAUUUAUGUGUCCUGGAAAGAAAGACACCAUUAAUACAAAACCUCAACAUUUAACUGUGCUUAUUACCGUGAACGAUUCGAAUGACCCUCCAGUAUUUAAUCCUCCUGUGCUGGUCAUUUAUGAGAUCGAAGGUCAGAAGCCUGGAAAAGUUCUGGGAAAAUUCAAUGCUUCUGACACAGAUGUAUUUUAUAAGCAUCCCAUCAAGUACUAUCGAGCUUUUGAACCAGCAGAAUGGGUGACUGUAGAUGUGGACACUGGUGUUAUCACAACAGUGCAAGAAUUGGAUAGAGAAUCACCUUAUGUGAAUAAAAGUGUUUACACAUUUACAGUACAUGCAAUUGAAGAGGGUGAGAUUCCUGAGACGUCAACUGGCACAAUGUCUAUCAUUUUGGCGGACAUUAAUGACAACCUGCCAUUUCUUACGACAACACACGAAGAGAUGUGUGACGAAGGGGAAAUCCCGUUUGUAACAGUCGCAGCAAGUGAUGCUGAUGUGGAACCCUUCGGAGGCCCCUUUACAUUUGAACUGUUGGACAAUGAAGAACAUAUUAAGAAAAACUGGAAAUUAGGCAAAGCCACAGAUUACAACGUUCAGCUCGAGAGAAAAAGGAAAAUUCCCAUUGGAGAUUACGUCAUACCUUUCAAAAUCCGUGAUAGGCAGGGAAUUAGCCAGGAAACUUCGAUGAAUAUACACGUUUGCCAUUGUGUUGAUGGGAUUGCAUGUCCUCUUCGAAAGUCUGCAACAGCCGCCUUGGGUGGGGCCGCUAUUGGACUUCUCUUUGCUGGUUUAUUAUUCUUGAUCUUGGGUUUAUGUCUGCUCCUGUUUUGUUCAUUUCCAAAGAAGUUUACGAAACCUUUCAGUGAACCAGUGUGGACCUUAAUUAAAUACAAUGAUGAAGGAAUUAUAGUAGACAGCAAGAAGCCACCAAGUAUUCAUUCAUCAACAGAAGUUUCCAAUUAUGUCGGACUGGGUGUUGGAAGAGAUUUGACAAUCCGUCCUGGCAUGCAAGGAAAUAAUUAUGAAGAAGAACACAUGUUCCCAUAUGAAGAUGAUGGGCAGAGAAUGACUAACACGUUACAAAGGCCCAGCAUGAAUCGUUGGGCUAACAGACGCAAUUUGGGAAGUUCAUCACGUGGAGCUUCGGCUUUGAAUUCGAGGAGUUAUUCGUGGAAUUAUGGUGCCCAAGACACACACACCAGGCAAUAUUUGGGAAGUUCAUCACAUGCAGUCUCGGCUUUAAAUCCAAGGAAUUAUUCGUUCAAUUAUGGUGCCCAAGACACGCACACCAGGCAAUAUUCGGAUCUGGACAAAUAUGCUGCAGAGGUUGUCCAUGAGCCCCGAGCAUAUAACUAUGAAGGAGAUGAAGCAAGUAUGCUAAGUCUUGAUUCCAUCAGCAAUUUGGAUGAUAAAAUUAGUUUGAGCUACUUGAAUGAUUUGGGACCAAAGUUUAAUGCAUUGGCAAAAAUAUGUCAUGAGACCUAUCCACAAUGAUGUCAACAGCAAUAGGUCAAAGUUGUUACACCUGUGCCUAUUGCUUAGAAAAUACCCAUUUAAGUUGCAUUUGUGAUAUUUGGAUGUGAAUAAAAUGAGUUCAUCAAGGUUCUAUAUGCAUUAACAGUUAACACUGUUAAAGGGUCUCGACCCAAAACGUCACUUAUUCCUUUUCGUCAGAGAUGUUGCCUGACCUGCUGAGUAACUCCAGCAUUUCGUGUCUAUCUUCAGUUACUACAGUUGAAACUAGAUGGCACAUUGAGGUGACCAACUUUAAUAACUUUAAUAACGAUUUAAUAUCGGCCCUUCAAGCCAGCACCGCCAUUCAAUAUGAUCAUGGCUGAUCAUCCGCAAUCAGUACCCCGUUCCUGCUUUCUCCCCAUAAUCCCCUGACUCCGCUUUCUUCAAGAGACCAAUCUAGCUCUCUCUUGAAAGCUUCCAGAAAACUGGCCUCCACCACCCUCUGAGGCAGAGAAUUCCACAGACUCGCAACUCUCUGUGUGAAAAAGUGUUCCCUCAUCUCCAUUCUAAAUAGCUUACCCCUUAUUCUUAAAACUGUGUUUUAUCUUUAUGUUUUAACUUUGUACUGAUGCUUUUGAGAAAUGGGCCAUCGCUAUGUGAAUAUUGUGAAUGAAAGUUUUUAAAGAUGGGGGUAUUGGAAAAUGUAUUUGUUUUGUGAAUUGGUGAAGUUGGUUUAUAUUUUAUAAGUAGGCAACUUUGAACAUUGUGUAUUAACAUUUGUUAUGAAUUAUUGCUUUAUAUGAAUAUGGUGGAAUAUGAUAUAUUGUACAUUUAAAUAUCCUGAGUCUUUUGGGUUAUUGACCAAGUACAGACAAUCUGCUACAAUCCAUUUUUAACAGCUCAUUAUCACCAGAUCAUCUGCAGCAGUUGUAACUGUCCUUGCCAUUAUCGAGAGGAAUGACCACUGCAAAUGCUUUCCUGAAACAAAGUCCGACUGAAUUUUUGUACUUGCACCCUUCUGUGGUUAAGGUUGUGUAUAUUUAUGGUUUGAGUGCUUCUUGUAGUUUGGUUUAUAAUUCAUUGGUGGGAGAGCCACUUGUUGGUAGUUGGAAGUUAAUUGUCUUCAAUAAAGGUUGUUUUAUUGUUAGUUCUAUUCCAUUUAUUUAUGCUUCCGAGCACCAACUCCCACACUACAUUGUUAAACAUGUU